AUGGGGCGCGAUGCUGGGACUGCUGGGAACGUGAUCGACGGGGUGCUGAAGAGGAAGGAUGUUGAUCGUGGCUGGUCCCCAAACAAGUACAGAAGACAGAAUCAAAAGCUUGAGAAGAAAUUAAUUGAAGCCAUUAGCAGAGAUCUGCAUCAAGAAAGCAAACCUUUCAGGUCUAUGAACAGCAUAAUCAUGAGGUUCCCUCACUUCAAAGAUGGGUGAAAUAUGAAGGAUGUAUUUGAACAAUACGAUGAGGACUCAAAUGGAAAUGAUCGUGAAGAACUAAAGAAGUGCUUGAGUACACUUCAAGUGCAAUCUUACUGAGGAGGAGAUAAAUGGCUUUACCACUACUGCGAUGAGGAUGGAAGAGGAAUGCAAUUCAAUGAGUUCAUUAUUCUCCUUUGUCUUAUCUAUCUUCUGAUGGAGCCUGCUUCUGCGACUGACAAUAUGCCAAGAAUUGGAUCACCACAGCUUGAAGCUGCUUUUGAUGCAAUUGAUGCAUUCCUAUUUCUGGACAAAAAUGGUGAUGGCAAGCUAAAAAGGAAGGACAUGAUGCUGGCAUUUAAUGAAACGACUACAAAGGAGAAAUCACCAAAUCACAUCACUUUGAGACGAUUUGAAGAAAUGGACUGGAACAAGGAUGGGAAGGUUAAUUUCAAAGAAUUCCUGUUUUCAUUCUCAAAGUGGAUUGGAAUGGAUAAUGAUGAUCAGGGAGUCCCUGGUGUGACGACGUGCCCUGCAAAUUGUAUCAGAAUUGAGUUCUGA